AUUGAGCUAGCCUGGUUUUGGCUGGGUGUUCAGUUUUCUUUUUCUUUUGUCUCCGAAAUCCUAUUUUUAUGUGUUUAAAUGCAGCUCCAAUGAGAAAUGUCGUUUCGCAUUCCUAUUCAAAAACAAAUAUGAGCUAGAAGGAGACAAAACACUAAUCUGUGUGUUGAGUUUAUUAGAUCAAAUGAAUGUAAUAAUAAAUAAAACGAUAAGAAGUCGGUGUUAAGUGAUUUCUCCGCCCACUGCAGCACCGGAGGCUAUUAUACGAUUAGCGAGGUGGAAUGCUCGACACGCCGUCCAAAGUGUGAGGGAUCUGAUGCUUUUCUCGCGUGUUUGAUUAUUAUGGCUGGCGAAGGCGAGCGGGCUUCGCGGCCCAACUCGUUGCUCUUAGAAACUCUGCCUCCGGAGCGUGAACCACUGCGCUUCGACGUGCAGCUUGUAGGUGCUCCUCCAGAAGUAGAACAACUUGUGAACAAUAUCAAACAAGUGGCUGAAGACUUUUUAUAUCACUGGAAAACUUUCCCUAUUGUUCUACCUCAGUCCUGUUUCACUGGCCCUGGCAAUAGACCAUCAGAUAUCAUAAUAGCACCGCCAUGUGACGAACUGGAUGCUGCAGCUUUGGAUGCCGGCCUGGAGCCCCACCCGCUCUCUCCCAAGCAACUACACUCCAUCAGAGAGAAAGGCGGAUGGUCGGCGUGUUAUGCGGGGCUCUCCCCUGCUAGCCAAAAUGCAGGAGCAUACCCAAUAAAGCCUAGCGAUAUGCCACUGCAUGGACGGCGAUGCACAAAAACAACCCCUAGGCCUCUUCUCGCGCGAUCGAAAUGA